AUGGUUAUUAAAAUUUGUGAAACUAUACAAUCAAUUAGAGAUGAAAUAAAGAAUAGAAAAAGAAAAGAUAUAGAUGCUUUGGUUACAUUUGUACCUACGAUGGGAUACUUGCAUCGUGGUCAUAUAACAUUGGUAGAUGUUGCAAAGAGAGAUGGUCAGAUUGUGGUAGUAUCGAUCUUUGUCAAUCCAACUCAAUUUGGACCUACCGAAGAUUUGGCAGCUUACCCAAGAGACAUUGAAAAUGACGUAAGACUAUUAAAUGAAGCGUGUCCCAAUGCCAUCCUAUUCCUACCAUCAUCUAAAGAGAUGUAUCCUAGCGGUGUAGUUAAUCUAUCCGAUGCUACCACCGCCACCUAUGUAGACGUUGGAUCAAUGACAACUGUAAGAGAGGGUAUUGCAAGACCUGGUCAUUUCAGAGGUGUAGCAACCGUCGUCACUAAACUAGUCAAUAUUGUACAACCAGAUAUAAUGUAUCUCGGUCAAAAGGAUGCAAUGCAAUGUGUAUGUCUCAAAAAAUGUUUCCAAGAUUUAAAUAAUCCUACUCGAGUGGUCAUUGUCGAUACGGUCAGAGAACCAAGUGGUCUGGCAAUGUCUAGUCGUAAUAGUUAUCUAACGGAAUCUGAAAGAUUGGAUGCAUCUCUUAUCUACAGAUCAAUGAAAGAGGUUGCAAGUGUAUAUCGUACUCUAUCGGUCGAACAACUUCAAGAACAACUCACAACCAAGAUAACAAGUAAUCCAAAAAUGGUGGUUGAAUAUAUUUCUGUUGCCAACGGAUCAACCGGGUCAGAAUUAUCACCAUCUCUAGAUUCUAUACCUCCACAAUCAAUCAUUUCAUUGGCUGUGUUUUUUAAUGGUCAAAAUAGAAAAACUAGAUUAAUUGAUGUAUUAAUAUUAUAA